UCUGUUUUCUAUUUUCUCCUCUUGUGUUCCUGCAGCUGCCUCCUGUCACUCACUCAGUCUUUGGGCAGAAGGUCGGCGGGAGCCUUCAGUCAGACAUGAAGCUUCAGCUUGCAGCACUCGGCACCGUGUUCCUCCUCACGCUGCUCUCAUCUGAGUGCUGGGGCAGGAACGAGGAGGAGCGUCUGAUUCACUACCUGUUUCAGGAGCGAGGAUACAACAAAGAGCUGCGUCCCACGGAGAGGCAGCAGGACGCCGUCGACGUGUACCUCGCCCUCACGCUCUCCAACCUCAUCUCUCUGAAAGAAGUAGAUGAGACCCUGCUGACAAACGUAUGGAUCGAUCAUACGUGGACCGACUACCGGCUGUCGUGGAACUCCACAGAGUUCGAUGGUAUUGAGAUGCUCCGCCUGCCGCCCAGCAUGGUGUGGCUGCCAGAGAUUGUGCUGGAAAACAAUAACGAUGCCCAGUUCCAGGUGGCCUACUACAGCAACGUGCUGGUCGAUCUCACCGGGCUCUGCUACUGGCUGCCUCCCGCCAUCUUCCGCUCCUCCUGCUCCAUCAACGUCAACUACUUCCCCUUCGACUGGCAGAACUGCACGCUCAAAUUCACUUCUCUGACCUACAACGCCAAAGAGAUCCGGAUGCUGCUGAAGGAAGAGGCGGACGAAACCAGCAAGUGGACGGUGGAGUGGAUCAUCAUCGACCCGGCCAGCUUCACAGAAAACGGCGAGUGGGAGAUCAACCACCGACCGGCCAAGAGGAACACGUACAAACACAUUCCCAUGGAGAGCAACAAGCACCAGGACAUCACCUUCUACCUGGUCAUCAAACGCAAACCUCUCUUCUACAUCGUCAACAUCAUCAUCCCCUGUGUGCUCAUCUCCUUCCUGGCCUCGCUCGUCUACUACCUGCCCGCUGACAGUCAUGAGAAGAUGACCUUGUCCAUCUCUGUCCCGCCCUGUCCACACGUGUUCCUCCAGGCUCCCUGCCCCACUUUCAACUGGUCAAACUGCUGCUCAGAUCAUCGCCGCUAA